AUGGAUAGUACGAAUUUGAACAAACGGCCCUUAUUACAAUAUAGUCUCAGUUCAUUGGGCUCGCAAAUAACAAAAUGGAGCUCAUCUAGACCGACUUCGCCAGUUCGUAAGGCGAGAAGCACUGAAAAUGACUUUCUUUCCAAGCAAGAUACGUCUAGUAUCCUCCCAAGUAUCAACGACGACGGCGGUGAACAGUGGUACGAAAAGUUCAAGCCCAAUUGUUUGGAGCAAGUGGCCAUACAUAAAAGAAAACUUAAAGAUGUACAAGAAGCUUUAGAUGCCAUGUUUUUACCUAACGCCAAGCAUAGGAUCCUACUACUGUCUGGCCCCAGUGGAUGCUCUAAAAGUACGGUCAUAAAAGAACUCUCAAAAAUCUUAGUUCCUAAAUACAGACAAAACAGCAACGGAACGUCCUUUCGAAGCACCCCGAACGAGCAUAAAGUGACCGAGUUUAGAGGUGAUUGUAUAGUCAACGAUCUUCCUCAGAUGGAAAGCUUUAGUGAGUUCUUAAAAGGCGCACGGUAUCUUGUGAUGUCCAACCUGUCAUUAAUACUUAUCGAGGACCUUCCCAACGUCUUCCAUAUAGAUACCAGACGUCGAUUUCAACAACUUAUAUUACAGUGGCUAUAUAGUUCGGAGCCUCUAUUACCUCCCCUUGUUAUAUGUAUAACUGAAUGUGAAAUUCCAGAGAACGAUAAUAAUUAUCGCAAAUUUGGUAUUGAUUAUACAUUUAGUGCAGAAACCAUAAUGAACAAAGAAAUAUUGAUGCAUCCAAGGUUGAAAAGAAUUAAGUUUAAUCCAAUUAACAGCACUUUAUUAAAAAAGCACUUGAAAUUUAUUUGUGUACAGAAUAUGAAAAUGUUGAAGGAGAAAAAUAAAUGGAAUAAAAGACAGGAAGUCAUAGAUUAUAUUGCGCAAGAGACUGGUGAUAUUAGGUCGGCCAUUACGACCCUUCAAUUUUGGGCGACAUCAAGUGGAAGUUUGCCGAUUUCAACCCGAGAAUCCACCAUAUCAUACUUUCAUGCCAUUGGGAAGGUGAUACAUGGUUCCCAUAGCACGAAUAACGAUAACGAAAUGAUUAAUAACCUCUUCGAAAAUUCGAACAAUUUGUUAUCGAAAGAGGAUUUCAAAUUAGGAAUAUUAGAGAACUAUAACACAUUUAAUAAAGGCGAAUUCAGCAUUUCUGAUGCAUCAUCAAUUGUGGAUUGCCUGAGCGAGUGUGAUAAUAUGAAUGGUCUACCAGAAUCCAAUGAGUAUGGUUUACGAGAAGUGCGCAAAACCUUUCGUAACAUCAGUAAACAAGGCCAUAAUCAUGGAACGGUUUAUUUUCCAAGAGAAUGGAAAGUAAGAAAAUUACAAAAUUCAUUUAAAGUUCAAGCUGAAGAUUGGUUAAAUGUUAGUCUUUAUAAGUACAACGCGGUACAUUCUUUCAGGAAUAUAACUCUAGAAUUUGGCUACUACGCACCUCUAAUUAGAAAGUGUCAGAGUUAUAAAAAAAAAUACAUUCUCUAUUAUUUGAAGAAUCUUCCGAGUGGCUCCUCGGGGCCCAAACAAACCAUGGACAAAUUUAGUGAUAUAAUGAAAGUUGAGAACGGAAUCGACGUUGUGGAUCGGAUAGGCGGGCCUAUCGAAGCACUAUCUGUGGAGGAUGGACUAGCACCAUUGAUGGAUAAUGAUAGCAAUAAUUGUGACCAUUUAGAGGAUCAAAAAAAGGAAAGGGACAGAAGGCUUCGCAUGUUGAUUGACCAAUAUGAAAGAAAUGUGAUGAUGGCUAACGACGAUCUUGAAGACGAAGAAACUUCUUUUAAUGAUGACCCUAUUGUCGAUAGCGAUAGCGAUAACAGCAAUAAUAUUGGCAAUGAAACAUUUGGUAGAAGCGACGAAGACGAGUCUCUAUGUGAAAUUCUGUCCCAGAGACAGCCGCGUAAAGCGCCAGUUAUCAGUGAGUCCCUUUCAGAUUCAGAUCUGGAAAUACUCUAA